UGGACAUCCUGAUCAAGCAGCGCCUGCCGUAUAGUGGGAGUAGAGACAGUCGGUGAGGCAGUCUACUAGUACUAGUACUAGUAUUGGCACACAUAUAGCCAAUCAACAAUGCAGAAAGAGCACACGAUCGACAUCGACCACGCAACUGACCCCUCCAAACAGUGGCUGACUGACAUUUGGGUAUAAAUAAGUUCUUGGGUUCCUUGCCUUGGCUACUUGGACACUUUCCCUAAGGUCGCGCUUGAAGAUUAUAACUGCUUCCACGCCGAAUAUACCCACAUGAUGAGCGACAGACCAUUUAACGAAACUGCCCGACACCUCCAACUUGACGAAUUUGUCAAUGAGGAUGAUCCUUGUAUCCUGCGUGGCGAGCUCAAGAAUGACGACGGCGAAUGGAUCCCGGCAGAAAUCAAUCUAAAUGAAGUCUUUUCAGCUUAUGAUCGUUCCUGUACUGCGAUCUUCCUGAGACAUCUAUUCCCUUCUGUUCUGACUGUAGCAAACAGCCCGGCUUGAGUGGGGCGGGACAGACUUCUCUCUAAUCGCUGUUCAGGUCAUUUUGAAUCUGCGCGUGAUUCCGAUAGAUGGUAAACUAGAGGAAAGGCCCAUGCUGGACGUGAUAUUAGAGGACGAGGUCCAAGGAGAGGUCGAGGCGUGCGUGGACUUGAGUGAGGGAAUCAUAAACAAUAAUGGUCAAUUUGAGUACCAGUUGGACAGGGUUUCUGAGAGAGAAGUGAGGGCUUGGUGAGCUCUUCUGUAUCUUCAUUGGAUUACCUGAAUCGUUGAAUGAGCUCAUUACAAAGUUUCUGGCUGGGAGGAAGAUAUGAGGGAUAGCAC